GCUCCUUCCCGGCAUGCCCCGCUCGCAGGAGCCGCCCCGAGUCCCGCGCCCGGACUUUGCCAUCGGGGGGCCCGGCCACGGGAGCGCCAGCGGCGUGCGCCCUGGAGCCGCAGCCUGAGCUUUAGCGCACGCGGGGGAUGUGACUGGGACUGAGGGAGCAACCUGGAAGCAUGGAGACUGUGGUGAUUGUUGCCAUAGGCGUGCUGGCCACCAUCUUUCUAGCCUCGUUCGCAGCCUUGGUGGUGGUGUGCAGGCAGCGCUACUGCCGGCCCCGGGACCUGCUGCAGCGCUAUGAUUCCAAGCCCAUUGUGGACCUCAUUGGUGCCAUGGAGACCCAGUCUGAGCCCUCUGAGUUAGAACUGGACGAUGUUGUCAUCACCAACCCCCACAUUGAGGCCAUUCUGGAGAACGAAGACUGGAUUGAAGAUGCCUCGGGUCUCAUGUCCCACUGCAUUGCCAUUUUGAAGAUCUGUCACACUCUGACAGAAAAACUUGUUGCCAUGACGAUGGGCUCUGGGGCCAAGAUGAAGACUUCAGCCAGUGUCAGCGACAUCAUCGUGGUGGCCAAGCGCAUCAGCCCCAGAGUGGACGAUGUAGUGAAAUCAAUGUACCCUCCGUUGGACCCGAAACUUUUGGAUGCACGGACAACUGCCCUGCUCCUGUCAGUCAGUCAUCUGGUGCUGGUGACCAGGAAUGCCUGCCACCUGACUGGGGGCCUGGAUUGGAUUGACCAGUCACUGUCAGCUGCUGAGGAGCACUUGGAAGUCCUUCGAGAAGCAGCCCUGGCUUCUGAGCCAGAUAAAGGCCUCCCAGGCCCUGAAGGCUUCCUGCAGGAGCAGUCGGCCAUUUAGUGCCGGCUGGCCAGCCGCUGGCCCAAGGGUCAGCCUGCUGCCGUCCCUGGGUGGCUCUGCUGAGCCUUCCACUUUUCCCUGUAGAGUUAGUUGUUCUCCACGGCUCCAGCUGUGUAAGCACAGAGAAGCAGGAGAGCGGCCCCGUCAAUCCAUGCCUCUGUUGCAGUUGCAAAUGGUGGCCGGUGAGUGGCAGUCUAAUGCCACAGUUAGGGGAGAUAUUGAAAUGACAUUCACCAUCUGUGCAGCAGAGCUUUGAAAACUGGUGGACUGUCAGCUUUCUUCAGCUCACCUAGUGUUUUCAAGAACAUUGAGCCACCCUCUAAGAAUCAGGAAGUUUCGUAUUAAAAUCAGAAUUUCUGGCUUCUCUUAGACAAUCAGAAGAUGGGGCAACUCUAAUCUGCAUUUUCAAAAGAGGACAAUCAAUUGGAACUAAGUAGGAGUUGCCUCUUUGGACAAGACUUGCACUCUCUCACCUUGCCUGUUUCAUUUAUUUGUAUUAUCGGCCUGGUCCCUGAGGCACCUGAGUCUCUCCUCCUCCACAGGUUUGGGUUUGACGGUGAGCACCGCAGAGUUGAUUAUUCCCUUUUUAUCAUUAUGCCUGCAAUUUUACCUAGCUACCACUAGGUGGAUAGUAAACGUAUACUUAGGUUUCCCUCCA